AGGCGGCGGAUGAGCCCUGGGGACCGGGACAUUGCACAGGCAAAAUGUGCCGAACUACUGGCAGCUGGGCUCAUACGAGAAUCAACCUCAGAGUAUGCAGCUGCUACGGUGGUAGCGGCAAGGAAGGAUUUGACCGGAGAAACGCUGGCAAGGCGUAUGUGUGGUGACUACCGGGGGCUGAAUAGGAUCACUAAGAGCGAUCGGUACCCCAUGCCGAUGGCUGAAGAGAUCUUCGACAAGCUGGCUGAGGGAACCGUAUAUUCGACGCUAGAUCUGAGACAAGGUUUCAAUCAGAUCCCUAUCAAGGAGGAAGACAAGCCGAAGACAACCUUCCAUGGGCCGGAUCGGCUGUACGAAUGGAACUACAUGCCAUUCGGACUCAAGAAUGCAUCGGCGAAGUUUCAGCGCGUGAUGGAUCAGGUGCUGCAGGGAGUUCCUAGAGCCGUAUGCUACAUCGACGACGUAGUGGUGUUCAGCAAAGACGGACAGCAGCAUGUGCAAGACGUGGCGGCCACCCUAGCAGCCAUACAAGAGGCUGGACUCACCUGUCACCCAGGAAAGUGUCACUUCGGCGUUAAAACGGUGGCCUACCUGGGAUUCCAAGUGGGAGAAGGGGGGCUGUCGGUGCAGCAGGCAAAGGUGGAGGUGGUGGACAGGCUGCAGGCGCCAACAGACAGAAGUUCGCUCCGGGCACAGCUGGGCUUCCUGAGCUACUACAGAAGAUUUGUGCCGAACUUCAGCAAGACAGCAAAGCCCUUAAACUGGCUGCUCAGAGAGGAUGUGCAGUGGACGUGGGGAGAGGAACAGGAAGCUGCAUGGCAGACACUGAAGGAGGCAGUUAAGACAGCCCCCAUGUUGAAAUUGCCCAACCCGAAAGAGCCUUUCGUGCUAUACACUGAUUGGAGCAGCAGCGGGAUGGGGGCAGUACUGUGUUAGGAGGAAAGAGGGGUAGAGCGAGUAGUGGC